AGGAGAGACAGAGACAGGAAGAGAGAGUUCAGUUGUCUUUGGUUUUCCAAAGCGGGCAGCUUGGGGGUUUGGGGUGUGUGUGUGUGUGUGUGUGUGUUGUUUUCUUUCCUCCUCUCUCGCAGGGAGGCCAGGCCUCCACUGGAUAAUAAAAGGACUCAGAGGCAAGGCGGGCAGAGCACGCAGUGCUGGGACUGGCAGCGUGUGGACAAGAGUGAGGAGGCAGGAAGGGAAAGAGGCAAGAGUAGAGGUGAGGGGGUGUCUGGGGGCGGGGGCGGGAGGCGGUGGGAGGAAGCGGAGCAGCUGUGGUAUUUGGAACGAGUAUAAAUAGCCGCCAGGACAGAGCUCCGUCAAACGGCUUUGCAGCUGCAGCGGCCCCGCGGGCAGGCCUGGCCACUGUUGGCCACGGCGGGUGCACCCCGGGCACGGAGACAGCGGCGGGCAGGCUCGGCCCCUGGGCUCUGACCGGACACUCCUCGCCAUCGCCCCAUCUCUGGAUGCCCCCUCGGCCAGCCAUGCUGCUGGGUGGCCUCCUCCUCGUUGUGGCCACCACGACUGUGGCCCAGCGGAGGGGGCAGGAGGCUGGCGGACGCCGCCGGGCACACCGAGUCCAGCACGGCCAGUGCAGCUACACCUUCGUGCUGCCCGAGCCUGAGCCCUGCCCCCCGGAGCCCGAGACCUUUGGGGGCUCCAACAGCCUCCAGAGGGACUCCCCAGCGGCUGCGCUGAACCUAGGGGACUGGCCGACCCAGCGGGUGCGACAGCUGGAAAAAAUGCUGGAGAACAACACGCAGUGGCUACAGAAGAUAGAAAGGUACAUCCAGAUGAACUUGAGGUUGGAGCUGGCUCAGGCCCAGCAGCACAUGGUCCAGAACCAGACGGCCACCAUGCUGGAGCUGGGAAGCAGCCUCCUGAACCAGACCACUGCCCAGACCCGCAAGCUGACCGACGUGGAAGCUCAGGUCCUGAACCAGACAUCGCGAAUGGAGAUCCAGCUGCUGGAGACCUCACUGUCCACCAACAAGCUGGAGAAGCAGCUGCUGCUGCAGGGCCACGAGCUGCACCGGCUGCAGGGCCGCAACAGCGCGCUGGAGACGCGGGUGCAGGCCCUGGAGACGCAGCAGCAGGCGGAGCUGGCCAGCCUCCGCGGCGAGAAGGAGCGGCUGCGGCGCCUGCUGGGCCGCCAGAGCGGCGCCCUCGCCGGCCUCGAGCGCAGCCUGCGCGCCGCCAGCAGCAACUCCAGCCUCCUGCAGCGCCAGCAGCGCCAGCUGCUGGAGUCCGUGCAGCGCCUGGUGCGCGUCGUGGCCCAGGGCCCGGCCUCCAUGAGGGCAGCUGAGCAGGUGUUCCAGGACUGUGCAGAGAUCCAGCGCUUCGGGGCCAAUGCUAGUGGCAUCUACACCAUCCAUGUGGCCAACAUGACAGAGCCCAGAAAGGUGUUCUGUGACAUGGAAGCCAACGGAGGCGGGUGGACCCUCAUCCAGCGCCGAGAGAAUGGCAGUGUGAAUUUCCAACGGAACUGGAAGGAUUACAAACAGGGCUUUGGCAACCCAGCCGGGGAGCACUGGCUAGGCAAUGAGGUGGUGCACCAGCUCACCAACAAGGCAGCCUACUCUCUGCGCGUGGAGCUGCAAGAUUGGGACGGCAACGAGGCCUACGCCCAGUAUGAGCAUUUCCAGCUGGGCAGCGAGGGGCAGCUGUACAGGCUUUCUCUGAGCGGGUACAGCGGCUCGGCGGGGCGCCAGAGCAGCCUGGUCCUGCAGGGCACCAACUUCAGCACCCGAGACGCAGACAACGACAACUGCCUCUGCAAGUGCGCCCAGAUGCUGUCCGGAGGGUGGUGGUUUGACGCCUGCGGCCUCUCAAACCUCAAUGGCAUCUACUACCCGGCUCGCCACCACGUGCGCAAGCUCAACGGCAUCCGCUGGCACUACUUCCAGGGCCCCAGCUACUCGCUGCGCGCCACUCGCAUGAUGGUGCGUCCCACGGGCAUCUAAGGAGCGGCGGCGCCUGGAGGCUGGACUCUCAAGAGGACCUGGACACGGUAUCGUCUGGACAAGACAGACCCAAAUACAGGACACAGUGCCAGGACCUUGUCCUGAACACCCUGGCUCCCCUGAGCCAUCCCUCCUUGCCCCAGGAGUCCGGGAGAGUCACCUGCCUCCCUAUUCCCUUCAAGUUGUGAAACGGCAGAUGUCUGGGGGGUUCCUGCCUCUGUAGUAUCCCUCUUUCCCCUUCCCUCCUGUCUCCCGCAGGGACCUCCUGCCAGCUUGAGGGUUGCAGUACCCUGAAUGAGCUGAGAACAGACUUAACUGGGCUCCGCGAAGGAAUACAUGACUUGUGGUGGAAUUUCAGGCAGGUGGGAAGGCAUUUAUGGGCAUGAAACUACCCAGAUGGAGGCCCAGAUUCUGUCCCCCGUUUGUUGGGCAGGCCAUCUUGUGUUUCAACCUUUCUCAGCCUUGAGAGGUCCUUGGACUUUCUCUUCGAGACUGAAGGAGCUGCAUCCACCCCACAAUGGGAAUCAUUAUUUCCACCCUCACUGUCUGCCAGUCCCAGGUGCCAGCGUCUAAAGCUCAGACCUCGUUCCUUAGGGGCUCCAAGAGAUCUAAGAGGGAUUCCUUUACCCCCCAGAAUGUCCUAGAAUAUGUUCCAGACAGAAUAACUAGGACUUCCCUCUAAAAGUACCCAGGGUCAAGGGAGGGAAACACCAGGUUAAUCAAUGUGAACAGGCAUUCUCAGCUGCAAGACUUGUCAGAGCCAUUAAUGUGGUCAUGUGCUUUGUGACUACCCACGAAGGGGCUAGAGUAGGCAGCUUUCCCCAGCUUUGCUUAUUUGAAAAUGGGGGCUGUUUAUCCCAGAGUAUCUCUCAGGGCUGUGGAUACCCUUGGAAAAAGCUAGUCCUCGCGUGUCAUGAGCUGGAACCCCGGGUUCACAUCCCCACCCGCAGCUGCACUCACCAUUUCUAGCUGCAAUGGCCAUGGUGAUGUUCUCAAACAGCCUCUAAAAACAACUGGAAGGAAUCUUUGGGUUAAAACAGACACACAUCAUCCCUGAAGAAGGGUCUAGAACCAAGUCUCCUGUCUGUGCUAGGGGCUGUUGUCCUCUGAGGCUCCUCUGGCCCCAGGAAGCCAGAUCUCUGCCUGGAGGCUGCCCUCAGCACUUCCUAGGACUUCCUGAGUCCCAGCUCAAGUUCAGGGACUGUUGGGGACAUCCUCUCUGCCUUGAGCAGGACGCCAAUCCCUGGGUCCAGAUCCUUCCUGUCUCCAGGCUAGAACCCCUAACGUGCUCCUGCCUCACCCAACAGUGAUGCUAUAGCUGAGGUCCACGGAGACUGGGCCUUUGCUGAGUCUGGGAGACCAGGGGCUCCUCACAAGCUUCCUUCAGAUGACAGGGGCAGAGAGGAACCACACAGCCACGCGGCCACCCACUUCCAUUACUGUGUCACCCUCCUCAGUCCUGGUGAGGCCACAUAGUCCUGUCACCUUCAGCCAACACACGGGCCCAGCCAGGACCGACUUGCCCCACCACCAGGAUGUGCCUGUCUAUUCAGAACACUUUCUCCUGGAUAAGGCUGUGGGGUGGAAAUGAGGCACCUUUGUCCUGCCUGGCCCUGCCCGAGCCCCUGAGUCCCUCUUCAGCCACUCCCCUGAGUAAACCCAGCACAGAUUAACACUGACCUUCUUCUGGGAAACCAAAGGAUGUGAUUGCUGAUGGUGACAUUUCAGGUAGGAGGGAAAAAUACUUAGGGGCAGGUUGCUACCCAAAAGGCUGACAAGGCUUUACCCAGCAUUUGCUGGGCAGGCCUUUAUUUAGCAUCUACUGUGUGCGGUGUGAUGCUGUAGGCAGGACUUUGAAGUCAGACAGACCUGCUCCAGCUCUUGAACUUGAAGCCUGGGGCUCAGCCUCUCAAGGCCUCAAUUGUCUUAUCUGUGGAAUGCAGACAGUGGUACGCCCCCCUUGCUGCACUGGGCCAAGGAGGAAGUGAGACCAUGCAUUUCACCUUCUUAGCAGAGCCUGGCAUGAAGCAGAUGCUUAAUAAAUGUUACUUCCCUAAGGGGUGAAUGGGGUGGAGAAGUUGGCCCCCUAGUGCAGGCCAGCCCUUCUCCUGGACCCAGGGGAGGUAAGCGUUUUAUUUUGGCAAACAUCUACAGCAUUUAUUUUUGUACUGCAAGUAUACAGAGCAGCACUGUGAGCACCAGGGACAGAACUCCUCUGGGUGGGGUGAAGGCCCCAAUCCCUCUCUGCACCCCCAUUGUCUACAAAGGCCAAGAAGCUGAUUUGGGUGACCCUCACACACCUGUUCUUAAAAAUAUUCAUCCUUCCAUCUUACUUUCCCUCCUUCUCCAUGCCAGGACUCUCAAAUGCAAGGGAUAGAAACCUUAUCCUAAGGAAUGGAUUGAUUCAUGUACAGGAAGUCUAGGGGUGGUUUCAGGUGUGGUUAGAUCCAGGUCCUCAAAUGAUGUGGCCCUCCCCACCUCUCAGCCCUGCUAUCCAUCAUGUUGACCUCAUUCUCCAUCAGGUUCUCUGCCGACAGAUGGUUCCAGCAGCCCCAGGCUCAUGUCCAGCCUGCUCAGCAUCCCUAAGACAGAAAGAUUCUUUGUCCCAGUGAUUCCAUCAAAGACAUGAUUCUUUCCAGCAAGGAUUGGUCCUGUGUCCAUCCCUGUGCUUAUCACUGUGAUUCUGGUUGACCAGGCAAGAACAAGUGUUCACUUUUUCUCCUUC